AUGAUGUUGUCCCGUACUCCACCCCGUAGAAACCCGGAAAAUCCGGAAGAUGUGAAACUGUUAAUCCAGAAACGUGGUCAAGUGAAAGCAAAGGUCACGCGAAUUUUCAAUUUCUUGGUCACAGCAGAAAAUGAAGACAGAAGGCUGUCACUUCCUCUUCUGCGGGUUCAUUCCAAGAGCCUGCAGGUGAUUUAUCAAGAAUAUAACGAUAUCCAUGAUGCCAUUGUUGCCGUCGUUGAAGAAGAAAAUGUUACUAGUCAGGAAGAGAAGUACAUUGAAUUUAAAACUCUUUACAACGAAACCCUUAUCAAAAUAGAAACGAUGAUCGAAGCAUUCGAGAAAGAAACCCGAGCAACAUUGCCCGUACCUAUGCCUGCGACUUCAGCUUCAGUAAAUCAAUCCUCAAAUCAACCUGUUAUCAUUCAAGCUCAAUCGUUCCGUACUCCCUUGCCAACCUUUGAUGGUCGUUACGAAUCAUGGCCACGCUUCAAGUCAAUGUUUCAAGACAUAAUGCAACGAUCAAACGAUUCUGAUGCAGUCAAGUUGUAUCAUUUGGAGAAUUCAUUGAAGUGUGAUGCAGAAGGUGUAAUUGAUUUAGAAACAAUUCAAAACAAUAAUUACGCUCGAGCUUGGGACAUUUUGGAAGAACGUUUUGGAAACCAAAGGCUGAUAAUUGAAUCACAUAUUCUUGCUCUACUGAAUAUGAAGAAGGUUUCAAGAAAGUCGUCGAAAGAUCUCCGAAAUCUCAUCGAUGAAUGCACCCGUCAUGUGGACAAUCUUCAAAAACUAAAUCAACGUUUGACAGGAGUAUCUCAACUGUUUGUGGUGACUCUACUAACACGUGCCUUGGACGACCAAACCCACGAACUUUGGGAAGCAUCUAUCAACCAAACCGAACUUCCAGAAUAUGAGCAGAUGGUCGAAUUCCUGAAGCAGCGGUGCGUGAUUUUGGAACGUUGCGAACCCACGAUUCUUGCUACAAAGACGUCAAAUUUCGAAGCUUCGAACUUCAAAUCUGGACCUUCUAGAUCGUCACAUGCUGCGACAGCAACAUCCGAAUAUGCGUGCGAUUUUUGUUCCGGUAAACAUCAGAAUUUCAAAUGUCCGACAUUCCAGAAGAUGACUGUAGAGCAGCGUCAAGAUAAGCUGAAGGAGAUACAUCUUUGCUUCAACUGUUUAAGAAAGGGCCAUCGUAGUGCAACAUGUCCUAGUGACAAAUCAUGUGGAAAGUGUUCCAAGAAGCGAGCGACGCGACAAGCCGGAAGUAAGAACUAA